GGCCAUUGUCCCAAGCUUCUCCAUCAGGGACGCCCAUUGACAUUUGCCUGCAAUUCUGCACUGUUCGAGUCAGGUCUGCCAGUUCCAGACCUUUCAACUAAAACAUCAUCACCACCUCUUUCUUCACCACCCACAUCACCCACCACAGACAACAACCACCACCACAUUCACAAUGGCCAGGAAAAGAGUCAAGAAGAGAACCCACGUUGGCGCCAAGAACCCCGUUUCUUCGGCGGCCCUCAACGGCCAUGCCGACCGCAAGGACCCCAAGAGCAUGGUCAUUCGCAUUGGCGCCGGCGAAGUGGGAACCAGCAUCAGUCAAUUGGCAACCGAUGUCAGGAGAGUCAUGGAGCCCGCAACUGCGACUAGAUUAAAGGAGAGGAAGGCCAACAGAUUGCGCGACUACGUUACCAUGUGCGGCCCGCUGGGCGUCACACAUCUUUUGCUCUUCUCCAGAUCCGAGUCUGGAAACACCAACCUCAGACUUGCUAUUGCUCCCCGAGGCCCUACAUUCAACUUCAGAGUCGACAAGUACUCUCUCGCAAAAGAUGUGCGGAGGGCGCAAAGGCACCCCAAGGGCGGCGGCAAGGAGUACCUCACUCCCCCAUUGUUGGUCAUGAACAACUUCACAGAUCCCAACGCCGACGCAAACUCCAAGGUCCCCAAGCACCUCGAAUCCAUCACGACGACCGCCUUCCAGUCCCUCUUCCCUCCCAUCAACCCCCAGAAGACCCCUCUCAAGUCGAUUCGCAGAGUAUUACUUCUCAACCGCGAGAAGUCGCCCGAGAACGACGGUUCAUUCAUCAUCAACUUCCGCCACUACGCCAUCACAACAAAGGCCGUCGGCAUGUCCAAGCCCCUUAGGCGGUUGAACGCCGCCGAGAAGCUCAUCAAGUCCAAGAGCAGGAAAGGCGGCCUCCCGAACCUCGGCAAGCUCCGCGACAUUUCAGAGUUCAUGAUCGGCGGAGAGGAUGGCCAAGGCUACAUGACGGACGGCACAAGCGGCAGCGAAUACGACACCGACGCCGAGAUCGAGAUCCUGGACCAAGGCCCGAAGAAGGUCAAGAGCGCCAAGGCUCGGGCUGCCAUUGCGGCGGUGGAGGCUGCUGAGGAGGAAGAGGAGGGCCACAACGACAACGUUGAGCGCAGGGCAGUAAAGCUGGUGGAGCUCGGACCUCGCAUGCGGCUACGCAUGACCAAGGUUGAGGAGGGCAUCUGCUCAGGAAAGGUGUUGUGGCACGAGUAUGUGCACAAGACCCAGGAGGAGAUCAGGGAGCUCGAGAAGAAGUGGGAGCAGAAGAGGAGGGAGAAGGAGGCGCGCAGGAAGCAGCAGAAGGCCAACGUGGAGAAGAAGAAGGCCGAGAAGGCUGCUCACAGGAAGGCCACCGGCGGAAAGAGCAAGGACGAAAGCGACGACGAGGACGAGAUGGACAUGGACGACUACCCGUAUGACAGCGAUAUGUACGACGACGGGUUUGACAGCGAGGGACUGGCUGGUGAUGCUGAGGAGCAAGCCAAUGCCAAGAUGGAGCAGGACGGCGAGUGGGAGGACGAGGAGGAGGAGAUUGCCAAGGAGGCACAGGCGAAAGGAAAGAAGAAGCCGGCUUUGAGAUGAUGGAUGUGUUGUUGAAGUAGUGUACGUGGAGCACACCCGGUCUCCUUUUCAUUUUUGUUCAUAUUUUCAUGUCAUGUUUUACGGUUAGCAUAUGCCCUCAACCACUGGGCCGGUAUCUUGGGAAUAGCCCUUCAUCGGAAAUAGUAUUGGCGUUGAUACCAAAGAGAGACAUACACCAGGUUGUUCGAAGAAGGCCCCUAGCUCCAAGCAGCUUCAUAGUAUGAGACGGUCACUUACCUCGCUCAGCCUGGC